AUGGCAAACCUGGCAGAAACGUACAGGCACCAAGGGCGGUUGGAGGAGGCUGAGCAGCUCCUUGUACAGGUGAUAGGGUCGAGCAAGAGCAAGCUCGGCGAGGACCAUCCUGACACGCUGGCGAGCAUGUCCAACUUAGCGUCGACGUAUUUAGGGCAGGGUCAGCGGGAGGAGGCUGAGCAGCUCUAUGUGCAGGUGAUAGAGACGAGCAAGAGCAAGCUCGGCGAGGACCAUCCCAACACGUUGACGGGCAUGAACAACUUAGCGUCGACGUACUGGAACCUGGGCCGGUGGGAAGAGGCUGAGCAGCUCUUUGUGCAGGUGAUAGCGAAGCGCAAGAGCAAGCUCGGCGAAGACCAUCCCUCUACGCUGGAGAGCAUGGCAAACCUGGCAGAAACGUGCAGGCACCAAGGGCGGUUGGAGGAGGCUGAGCAGCUCCUUGUACAGGUGAUAGGGCCGAGUAAGAGCAAGCUCGGCAAGGACUAUCCUGACACGUUGACACGCAUGAACAACUUAGCGUCGACGUAUUUAGAGCAAGGCCAGUGGGAGGAGGCUGAGCAGCUCUUUGUGCAGGUGAUAGAGACGAGCAAGAGCAAACUCGGCGAGAACCAUCCCAACACGUUGACACGCAUGAACAACUUAGCGUCGACGUACUGGAAGCAGCGCCGGUGGGAAGAGGCUAGGGAGCUCUUUGCAGAGGUGGCCGAGACUCGCAAGACGAAGCUCGGUGCGGACCAUCCCGACACGCUGAUGAGUAUGGCCAACGUAGCUUUCACCUUGGAAUUUCCUGGCCGUCGUUCCGAAGCGAUCGAUUUGCUUAGAACCUGA